AUGGACAUGGACAUGAGCUCGACUACCCACCCUCACCACUGGCUCUCCUUCUCCCUCUCCAACAAUUACAACCAUGGCCUCCUCGAGGCCUUGUCCAGCUCUUCCUCCGGCCAGCACCUUCAUGGAGGGGAGGGACCAGUGGAUGAGGUGCCUAAGAUGGAGGACUUCCUUGGCGGGGUGGGCGGCUCCGGCUCAACGACCGCGGAAGACCAUGUCGGGUGCGGCGAGCUAGGUAGUAUCGCUGCCGGGUUCAUGCACAGGUAUACGGCGCCUGAGAUGCAAGAGAACUCCAGCGCGGUGACCGUCGCGGCUGCGCCAACCGAAGUGGUGGAGUCCGAUCAGGCGAGGAGGCCUGCGGAGACGUUCGGCCAGCGCACAUCCAUCUACCGCGGGGUCACCAGGCACCGGUGGACGGGGAGGUAUGAGGCGCACCUGUGGGACAACAGCUGCCGCCGGGAAGGCCAAAGCCGCAAAGGCCGCCAAGUUUACCUAGGUGGCUAUGACAAGGAGGAGAAGGCUGCGAGGGCUUACGACAUGGCUGCGCUCAAGUACUGGGGCCCGACCACCACGACCAACUUCCCGGUGUCCAACUACGAGAAGGAGCUGGAGGAGAUGAAGCCCAUGACGCGGCAAGAGUUCAUCGCGUCCCUGCGCAGGAAGAGUAGCGGCUUCUCACGAGGGGCAUCCAUCUACAGAGGAGUUACAAGGCAUCAUCAGCAUGGCCGGUGGCAGGCGAGGAUCGGCAGGGUGGCCGGAAACAAGGACCUGUACCUGGGGACUUUCAGUACCCAGGAGGAGGCAGCCGAGGCGUAUGACAUUGCGGCGAUCAAGUUCCGCGGGCUCAACGCUGUGACCAACUUCGACAUGAGCCGCUACGACGUUGAGAGCAUCCUCAGCAGCGACCUGCCAGUCGGGGGCGGGGCGGCCGCCCGUGCCUCCAAGUUCCAGUCAGAUCCAUCACCGAUCGCCAGCGUGGCGUCACCCGACAUGCUGCCGCCUUCAGAGAAGGACUACUGGUCCCUGCUUGCCCUGCACUACCAGCAACAGCAGCAGCACCAACUCCAACAGCAACAGCAGUACCCUGCCUCUGCAUUUGAGACCUACGGCUCCGGUGUGAACGUCGACUUCACAAUGGGCACGAGCAGCCACAGCAGCAGCAACGCUAACGGUGGCGCCGUGUGGGCUGGUCCGACGGGACACCAGGACGGCAGCAUCAGGCAGAGCAACAGCUACUCCAGCAACAUUCCUUAUGCUUCCAUGGUGUCAGGGUCAGCAGCUGGGUACGAGGGCUCCACCGGCAACAAUGGAACCUGGGUCACCAGCAACCCCAGCACGGCUCCUCAGUUCUACAACUAUCUGUUUGGCAUGGAGUAG